UCGCGCGGCGGCUCCGGACCAGGAAGUAAACUGUGCCGUUCAGUCUGCGGGACACAGACAGAGAGAGAUAGAGGAGUCGGCUCAGUCAAGACGUGUGUAAAUUCAAACAUUUAAACACGCUUUCUCGAAACCGUUUGAAGGGACGCCGCGGCGGAGUUUUCUGCGCUUCCCCUCCGCAGAUAGCAGACUGCGUCCGGGCUGUCAGCCGUGCGCGGUGACGAUGAUGGUGGACUCCACGCUGGCUCAAGUGGGAAAAAACCUGAGUGAGGCCAUGAGGAUACUUGGAGAUGGACAGAGGGAGCUGCAGGCAGGAACAGAAAGGCCGUGUUUCAGCAAAAGCAGCAUUCCUGGACCCCUGCAGGGAGACGGCCAGGAUGUCGCUUCUAUACUGCACUUAGUUCACAACCUCAUUCAUGAAGAGGAGGAGGAAGAGGACAAGCCCAGUCAACAUAGGAUGCAGAAUGUGGGUGAGCAGGGUCACAUGGCGUUGCUGGGUCACAGCCUGGCGGCCUACAUCUCCGUGCUGGACAGAGAGCGACUACGGAAGCUGACCACCCGCAUCUUGUCCGACACCACUCUGUGGCUCUGCAGGCUCUUCAGGUUUGAGAACGGUUCCGCCUGCUUCCAUGAGGAUGACAGGGACGGCCUCGUAAAAGUCUGUCGACUGGUCAUCAACUCCCGCUACGAGGAAUACGCCUCCGAGGGCUACUCCGUCCUCAGCUCCAAACAGCCCAUCAUCUACCAGAGCGCCUCAUGCAGACCUGGUCUGGGACAGCACCUGUGCAGCCAGCUUGGCCUCCCUCUCUCCAGUUUGUGCACAGUGCCAUGCAACACCAUCUUUGGAUCCCAACACCAAAUGGACGUUGCCAUGUUGGACAAACUAAUCAAAGAAGACAUUGAAGCUGGAAAGCUUCCUCUGCUGCUGAUUGCCAACGCUGGAACUCCUGGAGCCGGCCAUACGGACAAGCUGGGUCGUCUGAAGGACUUGUGUGAUCAGUACAGCUUGUGGCUUCAUGUGGAAGGGGUCAACUUGGCAACACUAGCACUGGGUCAGGUCACCUCUGCUGUCAUGGCAGCCACCAGAAGUGAUAGCAUGACACUGACCCCGGGACAGUGGCUGGGGCUGCCUGCUGUAACCGCUGUCACUCUCUACAGACACGAAGACCCAGCGCUGUCUCUCGCUGCAGGUUUGACCUCCAGCCAGCCCGUGGAGAAGCUGCGAGCGCUGCCUCUCUGGCUCUCUGUGCAGUAUCUUGGGCACAAUGGGAUCGUGCAGAAGAUCAGACACGCCACCACUCUGAGCCAGCAACUCCUACAGAAGCUGAAGUCUUUGACCUCUAUCAAAACGUCGGGCGUGGUGUCGCCGAUCCCGCCCAUCUCCGGGGCUUCACUGCGGGACGUUCUGGGCUCUCUCAUGCUCUCUAUUGUUGAGGAUGAUCUAAACUCUCCUGUGGUGCUGUUCAAGUUUUCCCAAGAAAUGAGUGCUGCAUCCAGUGGAGGUUCAGUAGAAGGCUUGUGUUCUGGAGAGAAAGAGGUUCUUGAUGCCUUCAACAGAUGGCUGGGUGAACAGCUGGCCCAGCUGGUUCCCACCAGUGGAGUCGACGUGGUGGAGCUGGACGACGAGGGCACCUGUGUUCGCUUCAGUCCCCUCCUGACCGCUGCAGUUCUGGGGACCCAGCAGGAGGAUGUGGACGUCCUGGUGGAGAAGCUGACGGAACUGGUGGUGGUGAUGAGCUCCACGUUGUGCCUCAGACAGGACUUCAGAGAGGAGACCCACCGACAUUCACCUUCACUUAGAUACAUAGAGGAGCUCAGCUGGCCUGGCCUGGGAAUCAUCCGGUACGAGCCUCAGGCGGAAGAACUGGACGAAAGCAGAAGGAAGCAGCAGCUGCAGAAAAUUAACACCGAGCUGCUGAAGAAACUCCAAGAACUUGACACGGACAUCAUCUUCUCCACUGGCCCGGAGUUCGGGACAAAGGAGGACUGUAUUUUCAUGGGCAUGGUGACUGAGGACAUUGAUGUUUCAGAGCUAGUGGAUACAAUAGCUGCCCUGGGGAGAGAGAUAGAGGAGAGUGGAAGGCUUCUGGAGAACAUGACGGAGGUGGUGAGGAAAGGCAUCCUGGAGGCAGAGCUGCAGCUGCAAAAGGCUAAUGAGGAGAAACUCAUGGAAGAGGGGAUGCUGAGGCAGCUUCCUCUGGUCGGCUCCGUGUUAAACUGGUUUUCCCCAGUUCAAAGCUCCAUAAAAGGAAGGACUUUCAACCUGGCUGCAGGUUCGCUGGAUUCCACAGAGGCGACCUACUCCACCAAGGCCCAAGCCGGCAGACCGCAAAUGCAAGACACUCCCACUUCCUCGUCAAAGAGGCUACCAGGUCAGAGGUUAUUCCGGCGCUCCGGGGCGAGCUCCGACUCCAUGAGCGAGACCAGCUCCGUCGGACAACCUGAAGAGACUCCCAAGGAGAAUUCCUCUUUGAAUAGUAGCGUCCUCACUCCCCCUCCCCCUUCCCCGCCUGCACCAGAGACACCGCAGGACACCUCAAGUGACGUAACGCCGGAGGAAAUCCAGGAGUCUCCCGAGCAGGCGCACACACAGGUAGAAGCCGCUGAGGCCGUAGAAGCCGCUGAGGCUGUAGAAGCUGUAGAGGCCAUAGAGGCCCUAGAGGCCAGGCAACCUGACGGCCAGGAGGUUGAGCAAAGCGGGAGAUAAGGACGAGUCUUUCUGCAGGUGCUCUCGACCCGUCCUCCACAUGGAACCAGCCUAAUAGACGUAGAAAACAAAGGUGUAUUACAUUGGGAAUGUAACCCUUCAAGGUCUGGAAGGAAAAGUCGAUGGAGCCACGUCGGGCUGUUUGUCUCUGCCUUAUCGUUCCAAGACGAAAAAAAAGAAAAAAAAAUGUUCCCAAGUUCCGGUUUAAUUUUAACAUGAUAGUUUUCCUAUCAGGGUGCACUGCAUUAUGGUCUACCGAGGCUACUGUUGUCGUAUGUCGAUGAGUAACGUUCUGCUCUCAAACCAAAAAAAAAACAAAAAAGGUUCAGAGUGACAUCCAGCGCUGCUUAGCGUUUCUCUUUACACUGAUGUCUCCGUUAGCUGAUGAUGAUAUUGCACACCGAUUUCAUUUUAUUUUUUUUCUCAGCUUCGAAAAGAAAACAUUAAUGCGCCAUUCAUCCGAACACUCAACUGCAAAUCCCGCAGCUCAGUAUAUUACAGUAAUUGCCUGUGCAAUUAUAACGUUUAGAUUCCUCACUGUAUGUAGUCCGCACAUGAUAUAUACACUGUACGUAACUCGCCAAAUUACUCUAUAUGUGAUAAUAAUUUAUGAUGAAAUAAGUCUGUAUAGAAGGAUUCGAAUAUAAUUGUGUGUUAUUUAAAAAAAAGCUAAAAAAAGAAAUGCCUACUGACGCUAGCAGUCACCCACUUAAAACUUCCAACACUCCCUCCAUUUGUGCACUACCCACGAGUUUACGAUGGCGUAUCGGAGUCAAAAUGAUAAGACGUCCAAUCCAUCGCACACACUGCAGCUUUGUGUUGCAAAAUUCUCAUUGCAGUUGCACAACAUUAAGUUAAUGUCCAAGUUUCUUUUUUGUUAUGUAAAUGAGUUUUUUUACACUUUCUUCCACAGAGGCUUCACCUCAAACCUAUGAGGGAUAUUACUAUUUUUUUGCCAAAAAAAAAAAUACCCUUUAAAUAUUUGCAGGUGCCAGAUUCGGGUUUGGGUGUUGGAUUUUAGUUUUGACAGACUAAUCCCGCUAGACUUUCCCCUAUCUGACUCCGACACAUUCUCUAUUUCUUUUUAAAUAUUUUGCCGGUCUAUGUUUUAGACGCCAUACGGAAGUGAAUGACACUCGCGAGGUUGUGGGUUUGAAAUUUCCUUACAAAUGUUAGAAACCGUCCUAGAAUGAAGCCGAAUGUGGCCAGACUGUUCUUUAAGUGCUUUGAUCCCGGUGCAGGUUGAAGACUCACUGUAAAGAGUUGUGAAAUGUGAUUAAUAGGGAAUGAAGAAAAAAAAGAAAAAAAAAUGAAUUGCACUUGUUCUGUAUUUAAUAAUUACAGUGUAAAUGAGCCUUCAUAACGGUUAUCUCUGUCGUGUGAUUCUAAUGCAAAGAUAAAUCAAUGACUUUCUAACCCUGAGAUGUUUGAUGAAGAACUUUUGAUUUGUUGCAAUGACGUGUGUUUAUGUUUGAUCAGGAGAAUCUUUCAUUUUACAAGUUAAAAUUGCACUUUUAUUGUUUAGAAGUUUCAGUUUAAGUCGAUGGGGUUCAGGUGAUUUCUCUAUGUUUUAUUUUUUUUUAUUUUAUUUUUUAUUACAAGGCUUGCAACCUUGCAACUGAACUCACUAACCUAAUUAAUUAUCUGACAAAAGCAGAGCAACACAUGAAGGUCAAAGGGGAAAUGGUAAUAAAAAGAACGUAUGCCAAAAAAAAAUAAAAAUAAAAAAAAUCGCAUCUUGAAAUAGAUUGAACAAUUUGAACUAAAUGGAUGUUGUUGAAGUUUUGGGUGUAAUCUGACAGAAAGUAAAUGUUUGUGUGAUCCGAGGCCUUGGCGUCUACGGUGAACAAAUACUGUAUAACGUCACUCAGACCUUGGACGAUGGCAUUGGAGUAGUUUUCAGAGAUUUAAAAGGAGAAGAAGGAAGGAAAGAUUUUCUUUUCCUUUCCGCGUUAAAAUGAUAAAAGAUUGUUUACAGCAAUAACAGAUCGGUUUGCUUUAAUACUUUAUUUUAGUACACUGGGAUUAUUUCAACACGUGCAAUCUAACGCAGCUAUGUGUGUUUUGUAUUUAACUCCAUUUCUUCCUUUAGACUGGACAUUGCUCUUAUCUAGAUAACCAUAAAAUAUGUAUAACAGUACAUACCAGUAUAACAGCAGCCUUCCUUUGAAAAGAGUUCAAGCCUUCCGGUGCUUCCGUGUGUGAAUAGGUCACAUUCAUUGGUAAUUUAAGGGUCAGACCACGCUGACGCCAGAGGGCAUAUUCAAAACCACAUCAAGAUCAUUUACAGCCCGUACACCUGGAUAAGCGUUCCUCUUCGUUUCACCACAAAGGCUCAUCAGAGAGGAGCUUUAUGAGUCAUUCGUCUGUUGAUUUGUUUGUAUUUAGUGGCUUGUGGGAAUCGAUACAAAGCUGUGAUACACCGCCCGUGCCCGAAGGUGAUAGAACUUCAUUAGUGGAUAAAAAGAAAAAGGAAAACGGGAAUGACUUCAGAUAGUUAACAGCGAUUGAAAUUGGUGUGUUCACGAAGCAAACGUAUUUUUAUUAAACCUUAAACCCUAA